UGUUGGCCCCCGCACAUUCCACGCGCCGGGCCCGAGACAGGCCCUGAGCAGCGCCAGUCCCGGCCCGUCGCCGCUCGGGUAGCCAGUAAGUCGGCACGGCCGCUUGCCCGCUCCCCUCCCCCCCCGCCCCGACGUUAGCGCCUCUUCUCUUCCCCGCGGCGAAUCUGCGCGACCCGUCCCGCCGCUAACAUAGUUUGGGCGGUUGUCAGGGAGAAACAAGAUGGCGGCGGAGGAGGACACGGAGCUGCGGGACCUGCUGGUGCAGACGCUGGAGAGCAGCGGGGUACUCAAUAAAAUCAAGGCAGAACUACGAGCAGCUGUAUUUUUGGCACUUGAAGAGCAAGAAAAAGUAGAGAACAAAACACCCCUGGUAAAUGAAAGCUUGAAAAAGUUUCUAAGUACAAAAGAUGGUCGCUUGGUUGCUGGUCUUGUUGCAGAAUUUCUUCAGUUUUUCAAUCUUGACUUUACAUUGGCUGUUUUUCAGCCUGAAUCAAGCACACUAAAUGGGCUUGAAGGGCGAGAGAAUUUAGCCCGAGAUUUAGGAAUUAUAGAAGCAGAAGGUACUGUAGGUGGCCCCUUAUUGUUGGAAGUAGUCAGAAGAUGUCAGCAGAAAAAAGGUUCCAGUGGUGGUGAAGUUGCUCCAGUUCUGUCUGACAUGCGUUCUUCACCAAAAUCACCUGAUGGAAGAUCAAAUACACAUCCAAUAUCAAGUAAGAUACCAAGGUAUAAAGGACAUCGUAAACUGAAAAAGUGCUUGGACAAGGCUGGUGAGCAGGUUGCCGAAACCAGUCAAAGUGAUACAAGUAUUUCAUCAGGAGAAACAAAGAGCAAAAGCAGCAUUCACUUUCUUCCCAAUGAGACAAAGCUAGUUUCUCAACCACACAACAAAGACUUAAAUACCAAAGAAAAAAGUGAUCCAGCUAUAGAUGAGGAUGAUAUAGAGGGAGAUUCUUUUUUUGAUGAUCCAGUACCAAAACCGGAGAGAAACUAUGGCUGGAAAACAGAGUCCAACAAACAAGGAGGAAUCCUUGCAUCUCUUUCUGAUGCACCCCCCCUAAGGAGUGGGGUAAGCUCCUUUGCUGGAGCACCUUCACUAAAAGAGCCUGACAGUGCAAAUAGAAACUCUGUUUUGAAAGAUCUACGCUUAGUGAAUGCAAAAUUUGGAUCUCUUGAAUUAGGAAUUGGAGAUGAAGAUGAGUAUGUUGAUGAUUUCAACAGUACCAGUCAUCGCUCAGAAAAAAGUGACAUCAGUAUUGGUGAAGAAAUAGAAGAAAUUUCUGUGGAAACAGAAGAUUUGAAUGCCAGUGAUAAACUUGAAGACCUCACACAAGAUCUUACCAUUUCUCAGUUAAGUGAUGUUGAUGCUGCAGAUUAUAUAGAGGAUGUGGCAUAGAACUGGACAGUAGAGGUGUUUCAAGUGCUGGAUUGAGGACUCUUGUGGACUGCUAUUUUCAGACAAUCAUUCUUUGCUGGAAUGUCUGUUCCCUAUUUGUGCCUUGUGUUUCAGAAAGACUGGAGAUGUAGAGAGCUCUUAUAAAAUCAUAGCAAGAACUGAAUGAAAUAGUUCAUUCCAGCUUGAGUCUAAUAUUGUUCUUCAUCUGGUUCAGCAAAACCUUUCACACAAGGAGUUGAAUUUUCCACCUGGAUGUCCGUUGCUGGCGAUGGAUACACAAAACCAUCAGUCUAUAGGAGAACGUAACUGAAGAAAUCAGCAAAGCUGCAGAACUUCUACACAGAUGUAUGGCUUUAUAAUGAAUUUACACUGUUAUGGUAACAGUCUGAUUUUUAGCUAAGAUAAGCAAGAAAACUUAAGAGUUACUGCUUCAACUUACUAAAAACGUCAGCAGUCUAUAUGAAAUUUACAUAAUAUCUAAUAAAUCUGCCUCAGUACCUAGUCACUCCAUGCCUACUUUAAGGGGUCAAGAUUUUUCAGAAGUGACUAGUGAUUUUUGGGAGUCCAACUUUAGAGGUCUGUAAGGGGCCUGAUUUUUAGCAUUUUCUGAAAAUCAGGCCCCUUUAAGGUGUCUCCAGUUGAACAGCCCAAACUGAGGCACCUAAAAUCAGUAGGCACCUUUGAAAAUCUUGGCUGAAGUAUCUGUCAACUCUGAACUUUCUUGUUUUAAUGUAUUUGUCAGACCAUUAAUGUUACUCUAAACUACUUAUUUUGUGUGAUUAUUACAUUAAUGUUAACAGCUGUUAAAAUCCCAAUAAAAAUGUGAGAUUCCCUUAUGAUCCACAGAUCAUAAAACAGAAUAACAAAAUUUCUGAGGAGAGCUGUUUAAUGGUUUGUGGAGUUCAUGUUACUAGGGGAGAUCUUAAUUUGUAUUGACUCACUUUCAUUGUUUAAAAUCCAUAUUUUUAAAAAAAGAGCACCAAAAAAGUAUGAAACAAUUAAACUUCUCUGUGUAUCAGAAUCUAAUGACUAAUGAACAGAUUUAAACCCAAAUAUUAAAAAAUAAAUACCAGGCCUAAGAUAUUGAAAACAGUAAGUUAUAGCCAGGAGCACAUUUUUGUAUUUCCAUUUUCAACUCUUGAAAAACAGAGUCAGUAAUGGAAACAUUGACAGUUUCUUAACUAUACUGUCAUGCAUGGCGCUGCUGUAGUAUAUAGGUCAUGGACAUUUGUAAUACUGAAACAAGCCUUCAAAAUGUGUAUUUUUUUUGAGCAUUGUUAAAAAAAAUACAUUGGAAAAGAUACAUGUCAGUGAAUAUAAAGAUAAAUUAAUCACCU